AUGCAAGUGGGAAACCACUGCCAUACUCCAGAAGUAGUGGAUCUCAAGCCUAGUGGAUUAAAGGUCUGUUACUGCAGACACUCCAGCAGCAAGAAGGUUAUCAAUUUUCCUGCAUAUUUGCACGGGUCCACAAGUUUCACGGCGCCCUGUGCACUCAUAACCGGGCCACAGGGAAAACGAGCCCCUGGGGCGGGGCGCGGCCCGGGGCCGCUCCUCCAGACGCCAAACGGGCGAGCCACUAAAAGGGGAUGGCACAGACUCCGUCGCCCAGCAGUGAGCCCCAGCCACGUUCCCCAGCAAACACGUCCCGGGGGCAGGGCUUCCCGGGUCCAGUCCCGUAGGCGGCCCUUGCCGGCCUUAGAGCCUCCAGCCGGGGCCGCCCCAGGCCCACUCCCAGCCCUACCAGGCCCUCCCCGUCGCCCCAGGCCCGGCGGCCUCCAGCCCGCACCUCCGUCAGCCGCCUCCCCUUCCCCCGCUUCCUUACCACCGCCGCCGCCUUACCACUGCUCGGAGAGGGAGCCGCAGCUACCGGCUCUAACGUCCCCAGCCGCCGCCGCCGCUGCGAGGCUGGGCCGGAGGCGCAGCCCCAGCGUCAGGGCGGGCUACGGCAGCUGCCGGGCGGCAAGGGAGCGGCUCCCGGCGGCCCGCCCCGCGCUGGGCCCCACCGGGGCGGAGCGAGAAGCCCCCAGCGCCGCGCCAUGCAGUUAUUUGGGGGUUUUGCCGCCCAGGGGGAGCCCAGAAGGGCGGCAGGAGCAAGAAGGGGUGUAA